GGAGCGCGAUUGACUGACCGAGAAACGAUGACUGUUGGUGUUAGUAUGUAUUAGUUUGGAGAGAGAAUUUGUGGGAUUUGAUUAAACUGGCAAAAGAAUGCAGUUGUGAGUUGUGUAGCCAAAUUAUAGAAUUAGAAUCCCAUGAGAGGCAAUGAUAAGAGAAUGGUGUUAUUAUUGUUGUUGCACCUAAAUUUAAAGUGACACUGGUCAUGUUAUUUUGCAUAAAAAAUCUUGUUCGCGUUACAGUUAACAUGAUAAGUGACUGCGGGACCAUAGCCACCAACAUGAACGGUUCAAAUUGGUAGCAAAACUAGGUGCAGGGGCCAGAGGGUGUUCCAUGCCGAACAUGAAUGAAUGGAAGACGUCCCAUCCAGCAAAACAGCUCACUCUACGACAAGCUUAGGAAGAUGGAAGAUUCCUUAGAACGACGUCGUCUUGGUGCUCAAAGAGCUGGAUUCAACAUAGUGGGUCAGAGCAUGUAGCAUACCCCCAAUUCACCUAUGACAGGAAAAUUAAGGAGGGUGGAUUUGGAUUUGCAAAUUGCAAUUGCACGGAAGUGAUAGACAUGUAGAGAAACACAUUGGAUAACAAAAUAAAAGCAAGCCAAGUUGCCUUCAGAUAAAAGCUUUCCUCAUCCACUAAAUAUUUUAUGUCCCUAUCUGAAUCCGAUUGACUAUUUUCUCACACACACACAUUCCGUGUGUUCCUGUAUUUUUGUUUUUCACUUUUACAUUCCCACAUUCCAUUCUAGAUCUACAUCAUCAUGCAUUUGUUUAAGCUGAAGGAGGACUUUAAUUUGGGUAUAAUAUCCAGACUUUUGUGUUUUUCGAAUUAAAUUUGACUAAAAGAUCACAGAUAGUAGCUUUUCUCUUUAUCAUGGCGAGAAGAUCUCCUCCUCGGGUUAACCAAACGUACGAGACAGGUUGUACGUGGCGAAUGUUAAGAAUCUUCAAUUUUCGUGAAGGUCAUUCUGACAGAAGAUUGGUUUCCAAUAGGAGGCUGAAUGCUCAUGCUAAUGGAGAUGGAAACUCUAGAACUAGAUCAGAUGUGCUUGGCACAGUUGACGAGAAGCGCCUUCAAAUUGGUGUAAGUUCCAGAAGAAGAAGAGAUUAUAGUUGUAAAAGUAUCAGAGGCGUGGAGAAUGAACAGGUAGCAGAUUGGAGAGAAGAAGUAACAAAGAUGAUUGUUGAUCAGAGAUUUGUCAAUAAAAAUUACCAGGGAAAAGACGGGACAGGCUGUGAGCCUAAUCAGUUCUUGGAUGCUUUACAGAUUUUACAUUCAAACAAGGAGCUUUUCGUAAAACUUUUGCAAGAUCCUAACUCUUGGUUAGUAAAACAGAUUCAUGACUUACAAAGUUCUCAAGUGAAAGAACCAUGUCAGCAGGCAAGGCAAAAAAGGAUGACUAGAUUAAAUAAUCCUGAAGAUAGUAAUGCUACACAAUGUGUAAAACCUUUUGAGUCCUUUGAUAGAUCUGAUUUGAGGUCAAGUUAUAUGCCUCAGUCGUCGAACAGAAUAGUAGUUUUGAAGCCUGGCACUGUUAAUGUGGAAAAUUUUGUGGAAACAAGCUUUACUAGCCCUCCCUGUUCGCCUGAUAGCUCCAGUUCUAAUGCACAAAACAUUAGGCCUUCAUAUUUUCCCUUUAGUUGUAUAAAGAGAAAGUUGAAGCAUGUCAUGAGAGUAAGGAGACAAGAACAGCAGUGGAGGACAGAUGAUGAAAUGUCAUGUAAAUUUUCCUGCAGUUCCCAGGGCUUGGAAGAUGGUAAAAAAGUAAAAGAAUUGGAAAUUGCUGAAAGAAAUUCACCAAUUAAUGCCCAUCCUAAUACUGGAAAUAGGUUGAAUUCAUAUCCUGAUACGAAGAAGAGGAACAAUAUUAUCAAGUUGAAGGAUUCUGAGUUCUGUAUGGGGCUGGAAGCUGCUUCAUUUGGUGAAAGUUGUAGUAAGAACACAUACAAUACUUCAGUUUGCCAUUGUGAGGAAAAUAUAUUGAACAUACAUAUUGAAGGUAGGAAAGGUCCAUCUCAGAUGUUAAACUGUGGAAGUGACGAAUGUGAACAAUGCACAAACUCUCUAGCGAGAUCAAUUCCUCUUCCUGACUCUUUGUACUUGCCAAGCAUGCAUAGGUACUGCGAGCACAGUUCCAUCACUGGAAGGAUGAGAGAUUAUAGCAACUAUCAAAUGGUCCACAGAACCAGGUUGGGGGUUCCAAAAGAAGGAGAAAUCAAGGAUUCACCAUUGACCAUUGUUAAUAUACAUACUGAUAAGUUGCAACUUUUUGGUGAAGAUACUGGUAUCAGAAAUAGUGCUCCUGGCGACAAUCUAUUUGCACAUUAUGAUAUUCCUAGAGAUGGCAGAUACACGGAUAGCCCUACUCAGAACAUCGACAUGAAUGAUAUAACCGGAGGAAGUGGAUCCUUUCUGGAUUUGCAUCCAGAGAUCCAGACUUUUCCUUUUUCACAAAAUGUUAUUUCAUCCGGUCAAAGAACAGAUGAUUCUCUAAACAUGGGAAACAAAGUUGCACUCACCAGGGCUGAAUCUGUUGUUGAGCAAUUUAUUAAGGAUGAUGUUACCUACCGACAAAUCACCACCUUUCAACCAGAUGAGUCACCAGUUCAAGUAAAGCAAGACAAAUUUGAAGAGAACCAUUUUGAAGACCUUAUAAGAUUCUCUUUAAAUCCAAUGAACAAUUUAACCUCCUCUAAGGACAUCUUACACUAUGCAAGAGAAAUUCUGCAUGCUCUCAACUACAAAUGGGAUGAACUUACUCUGAAGAGAUCAUGUGACAAAUUGCUGGAUCCAUCCACCUUUGUUGAACUGAAGGAACUAACUAGCCAACUUUCUGGUGGUAGAAUCUUGCAUGACUGCGUCAUUGAAAUUUCCAUGCAGGUACAUCAGAACUGUGGAUUACCACCUCAUGUUUCAACAAAAAAUCCAAACUUCCAAGCAUAUGUUGUGAAGAAACAUCUGGCUAAAGAGAUUACAGAACUAGUUAAGUUGCACUUUCACCCUCGUCCAUCGCCUUUAACGUUAGAACAACUUGUUGAAAAGGACUUAGCAAGACGUGGUUCAUGGCUAAAUAUCCAAGUUGAUACAGAAGAUAUUGCAAUAGAGGUGGAGAGAGAUGUUCUUGAAAAACUGGUAUUGGAAAUUGCAUCUGAGAUGGAGGAUGUCAGAAACUGGACACAUUGCAAUGAAGCUAUGUCUACUUACUCGUGGGAUGAUAAAGCACUUUGGAAAGAUUAUCAAGCUACCAUUUUUUGAAUUAAUCAUAAAUUUGGUCCAGGUAUUAUGCUUCCUAAAUUACACUUGUAUCAGUGCAACAUGAUUUUUUAUACAUAACAAUAUGAAAUUUCAUUUUCUCAUUAUUUUAUUUAUUUUAGACUUUUUUUUUGUGGGCAAUGACAAUAAUAAAGUUUGAAUUUGAAUUCUUAUGCAAACUAACCAAAUUCUCCGUUUC